UGCAGGAAUACUACGGAGUAUCUUUGUACACAAUGCAGAGUAGCGAUGCUUCUUCCACCAUCAUUCAUCCUCAUCACCGAAGCCAAAGCCUUACUCUCGACCUUGCCCCAAUGCCACUCCUGGGCAGCUACAUAUCCAUGAAAACAGUCAUCAAAUCAACAGACGAUGCAAUCAAUGCAAUGUGCUCCCAUCUCUCGACUCGAGACGCAUGGGAUGGAAACCCCAUCAUGACUGGUAGCGACGCAACAAUUGGUAACAUAUCACCCUGUCCAAGACCCAGGACUGUUGACAUCACAUCCGACGGGCCGCCCAAAUUCGCACAAGUUUGUCUCGAGACCUUGUGGGCCUUGACGAUGUCAAAUCCAGGCCAACGGCCCCACGCAAAUGAUGUACCAAAUGCAACCGUCGUGCUAGCCAGUCCUCUGCGGAUUCCGAAGCCGCGCCCGAUGCGAACGCUGGCAUUGUGUGUCUGCAAUCGUGGCCGCUGCCGAGAUACCACCUGCAUAUAUCGAUACAGCUGGGAUCGUCACCGUCUCGACCGAGGUGAGGCAGAUGGCUGGUGUGGCUGGGUUCCUCUCAAGCCACCUAAGAUACCACUCACUGUGACACGAUCUCGCCGGCAUUUCAUAAAACCCAGAUCGGACACACACCACACAUACAGCACACGCACAGCACACGCACAGCACACAGCACACAACACAGCACACAACACACAGAAGGACGGGGGAGGUUGGCACCAUCGACCUUAUCAUCAUUAUGAUAAGCAUGACGGGCCCUUCCUACCCUGCGCUGUGUGGGAUUCCAACCUGGGCAGCUCAAAAACAAGAAAAAGGGGUCCAUCAGGCGUCGGGGUGUCGGGCGCGCCGAAUACUCGGAUAUAUCUUCUACUGGCACUUGACACUGCGACGACCGGGGAAGCAUUUUAUCGUGCCUCCGUCUCAGUCCAUUAAGACGACGAUGCUUACGGUCAAGUCUCACAUUACACUGCAAUUGACAUGGGCGUUUGGGCCUCAUUAUGAUAGCCAGACUAGAUGAUGGUCUGGGCCAGUUGGACCCACUUCCAGCGGCCG